CUUUGCAGGAGGUGGCUUGUUGCGAUUUUUCAUGACUAAAUGUUAUCAUAAGAUAGAGAGACUAUUUUUUGUGGUUUUCAAUUCAUAACAUCAAUGAAUUGAACCAUAUAGCGUCAGUAAUUCACCAUUAAUAUAGUAUUGAUAAUUUUACUUUAUUUUAAGUGCAUUCGAAGUAAAAGUAGAGCAAGAUGACUUUCGCCGAAUUCUUCAGCUGUUCCCUGCUGGCCUUUGGGCCUCCUCUUGUGAUGUUCGCAAUGACGAUCGCCAAUGAUCCUGUGAGGAUUAUUAUUAUGAUCGCAGCGGCGUUUGGGUGGCUACUGUCAUUCCUAUUAUCGUCACUUGUGUGGUUCGCUGUAGUGCCUUUACGGACAUAUUUAGUGUUUGGAAUGGUGUUUGCUAUUAUAUUCCAGGAGCUCUUCCGCUAUGGCAUGUAUGUGCUUCUCCGGAAGACUGAGGCUGGCCUGAAGGAGAUCUCAGAGAAUCAUGAGAUUGGCAGUAACAAGUUGGAGAUGGCUUAUGUUUCUGGACUGGGAUUUGGAGCAAUGAGUGGUGCAUUUGCUCUUGUCAAUGUCCUAGCUGAUUCGGUUGGGCCAGGCACUCUAGGCCUUCACAAUGGCACAGAAUAUUUUUUUGUUACAAGUGCUGCCAUGACACUCUGCAUGAUCCUGCUCAACACUUUCUGGAGUGUCAUCUUCUUCAGUGGCCUUGAUGACAAAUACUAUCCAAAGAUAGUCUGGGUUGUUGGGUCCCAUUUCUUUGUAUCAGGAUUAAGUUUACUAAACAGGAAUGAACUGUAUGCAGCUACUAUUAUACCAUCAUAUAUAGUACUGAUAGUAACGGCGUAUUUAGCUUACAGGUCUGCUGGGGGUACUGGUAGAAGCUUUUUGCAAAGCUUUUCUUCCAGAAUAGAAUAGAAGUUACUAAGUGGCCCAGUGCCUAUACUAACAUGUAAAAUUGUAAAUGAUCAUUGAUCUCGUGAGAUAACCUGGCGUGUACAUUUAGAUGAACUUCCUACGCGUGAAAAGAUUCAUUUUCGGAAGUACUAGAUUCCUUUUCGGUAUUAAUUUAUUAAAUCAGUUUGCAGUUGAAAAAGAACUUGUUUCCUGAUUUACGAAGUUGUGAUAAAAGAAUGUGUUUUGAAGAAUGAGUACCAAUAGCACCAUUACCUACCAAUACCCUUCCUUUAAAUCCAU